AACGUCCCGAGGCGUGACCGCCUCUUCAUGGGAACAUGGCGGGGACGUGGUGGCGGCAUUGCCGGCGCUGGAGCACAACCUGUGGGGCUUCCACCUCAUUUGAAAGCUUGCUACAUAUGACCGGCAGGUCUGCGUCUUCCUCCACGUGUUCUCCGGGCUGGGGCUCCGGGAGAUGCGCGCCGGGCAGCGAGGGGAGGCCACUGCCUUCUGCACAGAUCACUUUGAAAUCUUUAAACUUAAAAUCAUCUCUAAUCAGACACAAAUCUCAGUUGCUGUAUCCCACACUUCAGUCUUGCUGUUGCAGAUCAACGCACAGUGAUGCCAAGCUAAAGGACCCUUUCACGUUAGCACAGAAAGACUUGACAAGUUUAUAUGAUGACAUCAAGAAGGAGCUGUUUGUUUCCAAAAAAGAGCUGAAGUAUCUCUGCGACUACUAUUUUGAUGGCCAGGGCAAAGCUAUACGACCGAUCAUAGUCGUCCUGAUGGCCCGUGCCCUCAACAUCCACAGCAACAGAGAUGGAGAUCUUCUGCCAGGUCAGAGGGCUGUAGCCAUGAUCACGGAAAUGAUUCACACUGCCAGCCUGGUGCAUGACGACGUGAUAGAUGGAUCAGACGAGCGAAGAGGAAAGAGUACGAUCAAUGGAGUCUGGGGUGAAAGAAAAGCUAUCUUGGCCGGCGAUUUCAUCCUCUCAGCUGCGUCGAUGGCUUUGGCUCGUAUCGGAAACAUCACAGUGGUGAAAGUGCUGUCCCAGGUGAUCGAGGACCUGGUGCGAGGUGAAUUCAUGCAGCUGGGCUCCAAAGAGAACGAGAACGAGCGGUUCAAACACUACCUCGAGAAAACAUUCAAGAAGACCGCGAGUCUUAUUGCAAACAGUUGUAAAGCAGUAUCCAUUCUUGUUAGCGCCGAUCCUGAAGUUCAUGAAAUAGCUUACCAAUACGGAAAAAAUGUCGGCAUCGCUUUUCAGCUUGUCGACGACGUUUUGGAUUUCACAUCAGGAGCCAGUCAGCUAGGAAAGCCCUCGGCCGCUGAUCUGAAGCUGGGAUUAGCCACCGGACCAGUCCUGUUUGCGUGUCAGCAGUUUCCCGAACUUCAUGCGAUGAUCAUGAGGCGUUUCAGUUCCAAAGGAGAUGUAGAUCGGGCCUGGCAGUACGUCCGUCAGAGCGAUGGCGUGCAGCAGACUACCUUCCUGGCCCGGCGCUACUGCCAAGAAGCCAUCAAGCAGAUCAGCUUGCUCAGGCCGUCGCCAGAGAGGGACGCCCUGAUCAGGCUCACCGAGAUCGUUCUCACCAGAGACAAGUGAGCCUGCACUCCCGGCCUUCUCUUCAGGCAGCUACAUGUGGAACGGCACGCUCACCCCGCCAACCUCGACAGAGCAGAAACUGUAGAGGGAAGCCUUGGGAGUUUGGUUCAGUAGGAUCCCUGGCGCUGGACGUGGAGCCAGCACUCGUAUUUAUUAGAACAACACGCAGGGGUCUCUCUGACCGACGAUUCUCAACCACUCCCAACCAAAAAUGUGAGGGUGAGGCGAUUUAUCAAAGUUUGACAUGUAAAUUCAACUUUUUUUUUUUACUGCAAUUAUUGUAAUUUGCGGUUCCUAGUGGUGUGAAAAGAUAUAUGAAAAAUAAUUGUAAUUUUAAAGUGUAAUAAUGGCACUGAACACGAGAGCCCAGACCUUCCCUUCACUCAGUACUGUAACUGUAACAGCCUCCUCUGCCUCAGACCGGCUAGCCGUGAGUGAAAACGGUCCGUUACGAGCCGGUCCUGAGCUGCGGAGCUGUUUACAACACGUUUAAUUCCAAAGGGGAUAAAAGUGCAUACUUGUCGUCUUCGUGCUCGUCUGGAUGUGACGUCCUGAGAUCCGUCCACACUUCAAAAGGCCAAACAAUUGUGUGUAUUCUCGACGGACGUUAAUGAGGUUACUCCUGUAAUGGAAAGUGCCCUGUAACAACCACGGCCUUAACAUCUGCAAAUUACUGUGUGCUCAAUAAACCAACUGCUUGAUUUCUUUUUCUUUUUUUAUUAAUCUUUA